AAAAAAUAAAUGGAAAAUUGCAGGAUAUUUUGUACAGUUAUGCUUUUGACUAAGGUUAUCAUUUUCCUUUUACAGAAUGUUGGUUUUGAAAGCUCAGGGAAGAAGCCACAGGGAGAAAAACAUAAUCCAGUGUGCCUGAAAAUGACAACAAAGCGGAACUUGUUUGUGCGAUUGGUCCCAUGCCGCUGUUUGCGUGGAGAAGAAGAAACUGUGACUGCACUUGAUUACUCUCACUGCAGCCUGGAGCAGGUGCCUAAGGAAAUUUUUACUUUUGAAAAGACAUUGGAAGAACUCUAUUUAGAUGCUAAUCAGAUUGAAGAGCUUCCAAAGCAACUUUUUAACUGUCAGUCUCUGCACAAGUUGAGUUUGCCAGACAAUGAUUUAACAACAUUGCCUGCAUCCAUAGCAAAUCUCAUUAACCUCAGGGAACUGGAUGUCAGCAAAAAUGGUGAGUUGUUUUUCUUCAUGAACACCAAAGAACAAGACAUAACAGUGGGCAUUCAGAUUUCUGAAUUCUAUGAAAAUAACUUUGGGUUCAAAGAUCCAAAAGUGUGA